AUGGCGGCUCCGCUGCCGAUCCCCAGCCGCAGUGGCCAGCGCGAGGAGCCGGACAGCUCGGCCGACUCGUCCGGCACCACCCGGACGCCAGCGCUCACCGUGUCGUCCGUGUCCCCCGACCUGCCUGUGUCUCUGGGGCAGGUCACCGAGCCGCCGCCGGGCAAGAACCUGUGGGAGCAGAUCUGCGAGGAGUAUGAAGCCGAGCUGCCCCCUUUUCCAGAAGGAUACAAAGUCAAACAAGAAGCGCCGGCUGCUGAUUUGCCACUGGAGGAAGUGAUCGUCCACGGCUUCCACGCUGAGCACUACCUGCCAGCUCCCCCUAUCACCGUGACCUCACACAUACCUUGUCCUUCGUACAAACUGGAAGCCAUCGAUCCAAAAACAUGUUCCCCCAGAGAGUAUUUGGAAACAUUCAUCUUUCCAGUCCUGCUUCCCGGAAUGGCCAGCCUCCUUCACCAAGCGAAGAGGGAGAAAUGUUUUGAGAGGAAGAGAACCAAAUUCCUGGCCUGCGAUUUCCUCACCGAGUGGUUAUACAACCACAAUCCAAAGAGGACGGGGGAGCCGUUCACAGAAUUCUUCUCCAUCCCAUUCGUGGCCGAGUGGCUGAAGCAACACCCGAGGCCUCCAAUCAUGCUCUCCCUGCUGCUGACGGAGGAAGAAGCGGCGAUUUGCAUUCAGGCUUUCUGGAGAGCCUAUCUGGUCCGCUGCGAUCCCGAGAUUCAAGAACUGCGCCAGUGGCAGAAGAAACUGCGUGAGGACAAGUACAUCCGCCAGCGCGUCCGAAUGUUCUGGACCAAACAAGAACUAAAAGUGAAAUGCAAAAUGGAGGAGGAGGAGGAGGCGGCGGUGGCGCCCCUGGUUAAGAUCCUGCGACCUUAG